AAAUAUGACCCACCGCGUUGGUUUGGCUGUUGCCCUUUUGUGCCUGGGAUUAAUGGACCCUCCUGUAACGGGAAUUUUUAUGGACAAACUCGCCAGUAAGAAGCUGUGUGCAGAUGAUGACUGCGUCUACACCAUUUCCCUCGCCAGAGCAGAAGAGGAUUAUAACGCUCCAGACUGCAGAUUCAUUAAUAUUAAAAAAGGACAACUGAUUUAUGUUUAUUCAAAACUAGUGAAAGAAAAAGAAUCUGGAGAAUUCUGGGCUGGGAGUGUUUAUGGAGAAGAGUACGAAGACCAUAUGGGGACAGUUGGUUAUUUCCCAAGCAGUUUAGUCUCGGAACAACAUGUCUAUCAGGAAGCAAAUAAGACCGUUCCUACAACGGACAUUGAUUUCUUCUGCGAAUAGUGCCGAAAGUGGCUAGGUAGCUCUAGGCUGCUACAAGAAA